CUCACUCUCCCUCUCUCUCUCUCCCUCUCUCCCUCUAACAGGCAGGGCCCCCUCGAGAGCCCAAUUAGGGCCGUCUCCCCCACACGCAGAUCUACCCAGGACUCCCCACUUCUCCUCCUCGUCUUUUUUUAAUCAAAUAAGACUCCUCUAGAGGCCAGUCUUCGUUUUAAGGAGACGGCAUUCUGGAUUAAAUUUUAAUUAAGGAAAUAUUAGCCUUUUAGAAGACAUCGGAAAUGAAUGGAAUUGGGAGGGCGAGGGGAAAGCCACCCAGCGAGUCACCCAAAAAGGCAAAGAAGAAGGCAGCAGAGGCCAGCUCCAAUGUGUUCUCCAUGUUUGAGCAAGCCCAGAUCCAGGAGUUCAAGGAGGCUUUCACCAUCAUGGACCAGAACAGAGACGGUUUCAUUGACAAGAGUGACCUGAGGGACACAUUCUGUGCGCUGGGCCGUCUUAACGUGGGUAAUGAUGAGCUGGACGAGAUGCUAAAGAUGGCCCCUGGACCUAUCAACUUCACCAUCUUCCUCUCCAUGUUCGGCGAGAAGCUGAAAGGUACCGACCCCGAGGAGACCAUUAUUAAUGCCUUCAAGAUCUUCGACCCCGAGGGACAGGGAGUCCUCAAGGGAGAGGAUAUCAAAUAUUACAUCAUGUCUCAGGCGGACAAGUUCACCGAAGCUGAGGUUGAAGACAUGUUCACAAACUUCCCCCUGGACGUCGCCGGCAAUCUGGACUACAAGAACCUGUGCUACGUUAUCACCCACGGAGAGGAAAAGGAGUCGGAGUAAAGGAGCCAAUCACAAACUCUCAAUCCCCCAACCAAUCACCUUGGACUGCCCACUACACAUCAUCGCCCUGUACACAUGACUUGUUUCCUUUUCCACAUCUCACUUUCCCCACAAUAAAAACCUAAUAAAAACGA